GGCAGCGGAAGUGUCGCGUGACUGACUGGGGUCUUGAACACAUCUGGGGUACUCCUUCGGCGGAAGGGCGGAUGCUGCUCGCUGUUUGUAACUCGACACAGCGGAUUCCGCUGGGAAGCUUUUAGAUCAUCGCCAGGCGGAUCUUUGGGGAUCUCUCUCGGCUGUACGUGUAGGUCAGCGGUGCCACCCCUGGGAUGAAUCCACCCAGCCUCAGCGCCUCUGUGGAUCUGCAUUAGCCUGGAAUAUGAGCAGAAGAAGGAGAUAAGCGGCGGCGGCGGCUGGCUUCCUGCGGGAUUGUGCCCAGGCUUUUUUGUUUUUCCGUGGACAUGCCUGGUCUAUGGAGGAAAGCUGAGCGAAGCUAGCUGGCCGACCGUCCGGCUAGCGCAACAUUUCCAGGCUUUUGGAUGACUGUUCAGCUGAAGGGCUGAUUUAUUUUGGAUCAGCGCUACCUCCCCUCCCUGGGUUAGGAGUCAGCAUGGGGGAGCCCAGCCUGGACGACGCCAACGUCAAGGUGGCUGUCCGUCUCCGGCCCAUGAACAGGAGAGAAAAGGAAUUGAACACUAAAUGUGUUGUGGAGAUGGUGAAGAACCAGACGAUCCUCCAUCCUGCGGGAGGUAACCUGGGCAAAGGAGACUCAAGGAGUCAAUCCAAGGUUUUUGCCUAUGAUUACUGUUUCUGGUCCAUGGACGAGACCGAUAAGGAAAAAUUUGCAGGUCAGGAGGUGGUCUUCCAGUGCCUUGGGGAAAGUCUUCUCCGCAACGCCUUCCAGGGCUACAAUGCCUGUAUCUUUGCCUAUGGACAAACUGGUUCAGGAAAGUCAUACACCAUGAUGGGUUCAGGGGACCAGCCUGGUCUGAUUCCCCGGCUGUGCAGUGCUUUGUUUGAUCGAACCCAGAUGGAGCAGCGGGAGCAGGAGAGCUUUACUGUUGAGGUGUCCUACAUGGAGAUCUACAACGAGAAGGUCCGAGAUCUGCUUGAUCCCAAAGGGGGCAGACAAACUCUGAGGGUGAGGGAGCAUAAAGUUUUGGGUCCCUACGUGGAUGGCUUGUCUCGACUAGCUGUGGCCAGCUACAAGGACAUUGAGGUUCUAAUGUCAGAGGGGAAUAAAUCGCGGACUGUCGCUGCUACCAACAUGAAUGAGGAGAGCAGUCGAUCACAUGCUGUCUUCAACAUCAUCCUCACACACACACUCAAAGACUUGAAGUCUGGGACGAGUGGUGAGAAGGUGAGUCGGUUAAGUCUGGUAGACUUGGCAGGAAGUGAGCGAGCAGCAAAGACUGGAGCAGCAGGUGAACGACUCAAGGAGGGAAGCAACAUCAACAAGUCUCUCACUACACUGGGCCUUGUGAUCUCGGCGCUAGCUGAACAGGGAACAGCCAAGAACAAGAACAAGUUUGUUCCUUACAGAGACUCUGUUCUGACAUGGCUGCUGAAGGACUGUCUGGGUGGCAACAGCCGCACGGCGAUGGUUGCAACUGUGAGUCCAGCAGCAGACAACUAUGAGGAGACGCUAUCGACCCUGCGCUAUGCAGACCGAGCAAAGAACAUUGUGAACCAUGCUGUUGUUAACGAAGACCCCAACGCUCGCAUCAUCAGAGAGCUCAGAGAGGAAGUAGAGAAACUACGAGUACAACUGACUCAGGCAGAGUCUUUGAAGGCUCCAGAGCUGAAAGACCGUCUGGAAGAGUCUGAAAAGUUGAUUCAAGAGAUGACCAUCACCUGGGAGGAGAAGCUUCGCAAAACUGAGGAGAUUGCACAGGAGCGUCAGAAGCAGUUAGAGAGUCUGGGUAUUUCUCUCCAGUCUUCAGGGAUUAAAGUUGGCGAUGAUAAGAGUUUUCUUGUCAAUCUUAACGCUGAUCCUGCCCUCAAUGAACUUCUGGUGUACUACCUGAAGGAACACACAAAGGUGGGCUCAGCAGACUCUCAGGACAUCCAGCUGUGUGGGAUGGGUAUCCAGGCAGAGCACUGUGUCAUCGACAUUGCAGCAGAUGCUGCCGUCAUCCUCACCCCCCAUCGCAAUGCUAGGACAUGUGUUAAUGGUUCUCCAGUAACCAGUGGUCUGCAGCUUCACCACGGUGAUCGAAUCCUCUGGGGAAACAACCAUUUCUUUAGGAUCAACCUGCCUAAGCGGCGCUCUCGCGGAGCUGAGGAUGAGGAGGGCGAGGGUGGUGUGAUGAAGAACAGUGGCAGCAGUGAGCAGCUGGAUGCAGAUGGGGACACCGCCAGUGAAGUGUCCAGUGAAGUCAGCUUCUCCUAUGAGUUUGCCCAGACAGAGGUCAUGAUGAAGGCCCUCGGCAGCAAUGACCCCAUGCAAGCAGUCCUUCAGUCUCUGGAGAGGCAGCAUGAAGAGGAGAAGCGUUCUGCUCUGGAGCGUCAGAGACAAAUGUACGAGCAGGAACUCCAGCAGCUCCGCAAGAAGCUGAACCCAGACCGUCUGUCCACAGGCCCAUCUGGAGGGUCGGCGUCUGGCCAGCAAGGUCCGGGACAGCAGUCUCACUACCGCAGCCUGGAGAGACUCAGUAUGGGAGGGAUGAGUCAUUCAACUAGUGCUCAGAGCAGACUGAGGCAAUGGAGUGAGGACAGGGAGGCGGUGUUAGUGAGGAGUCUACGGCGGUUGAGGGAGCAGAUAGUGAGGGCAAACCUACUGGUGCAAGAAGCCUGUUUCAUUGCAGAGGAGCUGGAACGACACACUGAGUACAGAGUCACUCUGCAGAUCCCAUCAGACAACCUCAACGCAAACCGCAAGAGGGAUGCAGUGCUCAGUGAACCAGCAAUUCAGGUUCGACGUCGGUGUCGAGGGAAGCAGAUUUGGAGUCUGGAGAAGAUGGAGAACCGCUUGGUUGACAUGAGAGAGCUGUACCAGGAGUGGCAGGACUACCACGUUCAUCACCAAGACAACCCUGUGAUGCGCUCAUAUUUCCGUAGAGCAGACCCAUUCUUUGAUGAGCAGGAAAACCACAGUCUGAUUGGCGUUGCCAAUGUCUUCCUUUCCUGUCUUUUCUACGAUGUCAAGCUGCAGUACGCUAUUCCCAUCAUCAACCAGAAGGGGGAGGUGGCAGGGCGUCUUCAUGUGGAGGUGGUGAGGGUUGGAGGAGGACUGGAGGACAACAUGGCUGGAGGAGAUGAAUCUGACAACAACCAAGACACUGAAGUCCAGGAUCGCAAACUGGUCUGCAUGAUUAAGAUCCUGCAGGCCACUGGUCUUCCUCAGUACCUGUCCAACUUCGUCUUCUGUCAGUAUGCAUUCUGGGACCAGCCUGAGCCCAUCAUCGUGGCUCCUGAAGUAGACCCAUCUUCUUCUUCACCCAGCACCAAGGACCCACACUGCAUGGUUGUGUUUGACAGCUGCAAGGAGCUGGCAGUGUCAGUAACAGAGGAUUUCAUCGAAUAUCUGACUGAAGGGGCAGUUGCCAUUGAGGUAUAUGGACACAGACAGGCUGAUGCAGGAAGAAACCCAGCCCUGUGGGACCUCAGCAUCAUCCAGGCCAAGACGCGCACACUACGAGACAGAUGGAGUGAGGUAACACGUCGCCUAGAGCUGUGGAUUCAAAUCCUGGAGAUAAAUGAGAAUGGAGACUUUGUCCCUGUGGAAGUGGUUCCUGCUAGAGAUGUGCGGACGGGGGGAAUCUUCCAGCUUCGGCAGGGUCAGUCGAGACGAAUCCAGGUGGAGGUGCGUUCAGUUCAGGACUCAGGCACCAUGCCUCUGAUAGCAGAAAUACUGCUUGCAGUGUCAGUGGGUUGCGUGGAGAUCAGAAAUACCACGGCAAACCAGGAAGGAGAUGAGAUGGACAGUUAUCAGGAAAGAGACCUGGAACGUUUGCGUGGGCAGUGGUUAGCUGCUCUCACCAAGAGACAAGAAUACCUGGACCAGCACCUGCAGAGCCUGGUCAGCAAAGCAGAAAAGACAGAGGAUGACACAGAGAGGGAGGCCCAGCUGCUGGAGUGGCGCUUGACUCUGACAGAGGAGAGAAACGCUGUCAUGGUGCCCUCUGCUGGUAGCGGCAUUCCUGGAGCACCUGCUGAAUGGGUCCCUCUGCCAGGCAUGGAGACUCAUAUUCCCGUCGUCUUCCUGAACCUCAAACCUGAUGACCUCAGCUCUCCAGACCAGUUUGAGGUUCCUGAGGCUGGAGGAUGGGAUGCCACCCUGAGUGGAGAGGAUGAGGACGAUUUCUUUGACCUACAGAUUGUCAAACACUAUGAUGGAGAGGUUAAAGCAGAGGCAUCAUGGGACUCUACUGUCCAUGAGUGUCCCCAACUCAGUCGUGGCGGAGCAUGGCCGGAGCAGCGAGUGUACCUGACAAUUCGGGUGGUGGUUCAGCUCAGCCACCCUGCCGACAUGCAGCUGGUCUUGAGAAAGAGGAUCUGCGUCAACGUGAACCCGGGUCGCCAAGGUUUUGCCCACAACUUUCUCAGAAGGAUGUCCACCCGCAGCACCAUACCUGGCUGUGGGGUCACCUUUGAGGUGGUCUCCAACAUCCCCGGGGACGCCCCUGGGUCAGAGGACCGGGAGAUGCUGGCGCGGCUCGCUGCCAGCGCACACAACAGCCAGUCAGCUGAUGAAGAGGCUGCAAUUGAGAAAUACCUCCGCAGUGUCCUCAGUCUGGAGAACAUCCUGACUCUGGACAGACUCAGACAGGAGGUGGCAGUGAAGGAGCAACUGACAAGCAGAGGGAAGAGCAGCAGACGGAGCCUAAGUUCACCUUCUGUCAACAGGCUGUCUGGAAGCAGACAAGACCUGUCCACAACCUGCCUGGUAGACGACAAGGGUCGAUGGGAGAGUCAGCAGGAUAUCUUCAUGCCAUCUCAGUUUCACCGCACCCUCCCCAGGCCCGCCUCUUCCCCUUCCAGCUACUCCACCUCCCCUACUUCAUCCCCAACUCCCUUCGGCAUGACGCCCCCACAAACCCAGGAUCCGGAGCAAGGGCGUUCAGGACUUGCUGCCUCUUAUCUUUCAGUUAAGGCGCUGGUUCCUCAGAUGCCCAAACUGCUCAAGUCCCUGUUUCCAGCGCGAGACGACAAGAAGGAGCUGAGACCUUCGCCACACAGCCAGCAGCAGCAUGUUCCUCGCAUCUUGACAUCAGGAGGGGACGACAGCCGAGUCAAGGUGGAGACGACUGCUAUUCUACGGCCCCAAACCAAAGACAGACGGGCAGAGUUCCCAGAAGUCCCUCUUCUUCCUGUGCAUGACCCGCAUGACACUACCCCCCUCAGCCCCCUCAGCCAGUCAUCAAGCGGCUACUUCUCCAGUAGUGUUUCUACAGUUACCCUGUCUGACGUCCUCCAACCCUCCUCCUCGUCUUCCUCCCUCCUGGCUGCUGAGACUACGUUAACCACAACCCCCCAGCAGCUGGGUGCUGACAGGAACGAUGUUGUGACCUCUCCUUCUCAGUGUGGCACCAAGAUGGCCGUCGUCGCUCCACCUGCUUCCCACAGCUCAGCCAAUCACAACAACGUCACUGCCGAAAACUCCUUCUCUCAACACAAGCAGGUCAACUCAGGAGGAGGAAGUGAAGGCUUUGAGAGGCUGGAGAUCUUUGUGGACGACGAAGAGCGUAGCCAUGACGACGUACUGCCUGAUUGGCUGACAGAAGGGGCAUAUGUUACAGUAGGAAGCAAUAAGGCCGGGACGGUGCGCUACGUGGGAAUGACACAGUUUGCCGAAGGAGUGUGGGUGGGGGUGGAGCUGGACACCCCUGUAGGUAAAAAUGACGGUUCAGUUGGAGGUCAUCGAUAUUUCCACUGUAAACCGGGUUACGGGGUGCUGGUUCGCCCAGACCGUCUGUCAUGCCGUGAUCGGACCAGUCGGCGCACGGGGGAGUUCUCCGCUCCCGUCCACGUCCCCGUCUUGCGCGGUGAAGCCAUUGUUGCCCGCCGGGGGGAGAACCGCAAGUCCUGGAGCAGUUGAGACAGGGAACCUAGGAGCUGGAUGGGAGAGAUGAACUCCCCACAGCCCUUCUCCUCCUGUUUUUUUUUCUCCUCCCAGCUAUGCAACAGGCUCACACAUCAGACAUACUGCCUACCCUCCUAUAGUUUGAAACUACAUUCACUACAUCCAUUCACAGGAAAUGGAUAAAAUAGAAUAAAGAGAGUGAAGAGACCAUUCAGAACGAACGCAAGUAAGUUGAUGAAAGACUAUGCAGAGUAUAUAGAAGUCCGUGGAAGGACUAUUUAUCAUGUGGCAAGAUAAUGCUAAAUGAAUGGCGGUCAAUGGGAAGACUGCUAAGAGUGAAUGGAAGUCAGUGCAGACUGUCGUAUUUGGAGUGUCGGAGCUCUGCGGGGGUGAGGAAUGGAUGCUGCAGGCUGGAAGAUUUGCCUCCGAUGCUUUCUGAGCUGAUAUACAGGGAUGCAAACUAGUCACACAAGUCACUUUGUUAUUUUUCUGUGAAUAUAUUUCAAACUUGAGGGUUAUUUUAGAAUGCAGAAAAAACACUUGUAGAAUGAAGAACCUUCAUGUUUUCCCGCUGGAUGCUGGCUGAUGGAUUUAUUUGUCACUUGUAGUUUUUUUUUCUCUUCACCACUCUGAUGUGCUAUUGUUAGUAGUCAUAGCUACCAGAAAAGAUCAAAAGAUAGUGUACGGCCGCCUUGUGACGAGCUGACUAAAUGGAGAAUAUUGAAUUAUCUUCUAGUGGCUCUUUGGCAUAUUUGUAUUCUCCCUUUAUGUCUCACUAUAAUAUGUGCUUUGUGUUCUUUGUGAAUGAGGAAAUAGAAUUAGUUCCCAUUAGAUUUUUUGAUUGUUUUUUAAUUUGGGGUUAGAGUGACAUUAAGCUCAAACCAUGCCAGUCACAUGCUGAUUUUUACCAGUGAUGUGUUUGCAUCCCUGGAUAUGAUGUCUGUACCAGAUAGUCCUGACACUCAAUGUCCCAGAAUCCCCUGCUUGACUCAUUGUUUGAGACACGUCUCCUCCGCCUGGACUCCUUCUCUUUUCUUUUGAAGAUAGAUCCUCCCAGAAUGUGCCUUCACCAUGGCUUGGUUUGCAUUUGUUUUUCUGUAUAUUUAAUUUCUGUUAGCUGUGUUUUGUGUUUUAAGAGAAUGCCUUGAGCUAAGUGAGGUGAUCUCAGGGACUGCAGAGGGGAAAGGACAAGGAGGGGCGUGUGUGUUUGUGUGUGUGUGUGUGUAUGUGUAUGUGUGUGUAUGUAAAUGUUGUACAGUGUUGCCCUGUGUGCACAAAUUAAGUUCAUAUUGUUGUAGUCGUGUCGAUGUUAAAGAUUAUAUGUGUAAAGCAAGAAAAGUCGUGUCCUUGUUUGGACAAAGCCACUAUGGGAGCAAGUUUGUACUGGGAGGCUUUAAAAGUCGAUUUUGCACUGGAGACGUUGGAUAAGAAGCAUCUGUAUGUGAGCAGAACGUGGCUGUGGUCAUGCUGCAGCGAGACAGAGACGUAGGCGAGUGUAAGCAGAUUCCUCGAACCAACUAGUAAUGUGAAAAUGGUUAUUGAUGACUUUGAACCAGAGUACAUUCUCCAUCUGAGUGGGCCGUCUGGAUGUCUGUUCUUUGAGCAGAUUUGGUGGCGGUCCUCUGUGGCUGACAUUCGGACACCAGGAGGCGCUGUUUAGGGUAGUACUGUUGUGUUGGUGGGAAAUGCAUGUGUAUGUGCGGAGGAAAAGAAGGUGAGAUGGACAGGCUGAUGUUCUGCCGGGUGUUUCACGCUUGAGAAGAGAAUCGAUUUUCUUCUAUGCAUUUGAUCUGUUUUAAAAGAAUCUAGUUUUUAUCUUUUGUCUCUAAAUGACUGACACAGCUGGGAGAACGAGCAGUACGGUUUGGGAAAGUAUUGAACACAAUAGCAAUUCGGACUGAUUGAACAUUCCUGGCAAGAUGAUGUGGCAGACUUUACUUUAAAUGAGUUUUUUAUUGAACAUCACAUUCCAGAGGGACUUUAACAUUUUACAGUGACCUUACUCUGUGUGUAUGAAUUAAUGGGAAAGCCAUGGCAGAACACCACAGCACUGUUUUAUACUUUAUGUAUACCAUCAAUUUAUGAAAUAUGUAGACAGAAUACACACGCUCCCAGUGCUUAGAGUUAAAGGUGCACUCUGCCAAUUCUACACAUGUUCAAAUCUGUGUCUCGCAAGUGUCCUAACAUUGUAGAAUCACUAUAGUAAAUUGCGAGAGUGCCCCUUUAAUAAACUAGAAAGAGGUCAGUGUAAAGUGUUUGAGUCGUCCUGAGUUGGAGUGAUGCUGUCUCUCAAAGUGAGCAAUAGGUUAUUUUCUGUUAUUGACGUCCACUGGGGCAGGUAUUUCAGACUGUAAGCUGUUACUAUGGAGACAUACAGUUUAUCCAUGUAUACUAUGGAAUCUAUAUAGGUUUCUAAUGAGAUGAUUUGACAAUGCAUGCAUAUGAAAACAUUAUCUGGAAUACUGCGUGCAUAUAAACGCACUCAGUAUGUCCAAACACACUAUCAUCUUUAUGGAUACAAUAUGUUUUUCCAUUCUUUUUAUCAUGCGUUCUUCCUAAUUUGAGAGGCGUGAAUUUACUAUUUAUAUUUAAAUGCUUGUACACAUGCAUUUAUCGCAUGAAAAUUGAUAGCCUUUUUAUUUUAAUAAAUAUUGCACAAAUUAUUCCAUGAAAAUUGCUGCUAUUAGCAUUGUAAAUUUACCUGUAAAUGGAUCAAUUGAUUUAUCUAACACUCUCUAUCUCUUACUGUAUACUACAUUGGAAUUCAAUAGUUUUGUUUUUUAAUCCCAGACGGAGAAACUAAAGUCAGCGCUUUGGUUCAGUGGCCAAUAUAUUUUUAAUAUGAAGCAGUACAAUUCCUCAAAAUGAGGCACUUUCUCAUGUGAGCCUUGGAGAAGAUGUAGAAAUAAAAGGUUGAAAUAUUUUCUGGGUGAAAAUUGAUUUUUUUUUUUAUGAGGAAACUAUAAAGUUGGAAUUGCAUUAAAGUUGAAGUAUGAAACAAUAUAUCACCAUAGUCUAGUUAUUAUCUGUGUAUUUAUUAUCUGGCCUUAAAGCCCAGGACCCUGGAGUCCUCUGAUUGGUUACUAUAGGUGGCUAUCUGGUAUGUUAUUGGUUGGCAAGUUGUGAAGUGGUUACGUAGGUUGGGCUCUAGUUGGGUUGGUUGGUUGUGAUAUUGUGGUUCGUAACAGUUAUGUGGUAAUGAAGGAAGGGAGUGAGGUUUUCUUACGUGUUUGUGUGUCGAUCGUGUGUGUGGAUGUUGGGUGGACGUGGCUUUGAUUCAGUCGUGUCCGUGAGUCUUUGCCGAGAUGGGAAACGACCGCCAGCUGCCACUUUACCUAUUCUACAGCGGACUUGAGCUGAGAGCAACGAACCCUCACCCCCCCACCCCCGCUCUCUUUGCACUUGAGUCUCUGUGGCUGGUGUGCUUUCCCAUCCUGGUCUUUGCUCGUGGUGCUGUUAAAGGGGUUUAAGAUCACUUCAGGCCUCUGGAUGUCCCUUUAUGUUAUUGUGCCUCAGAAAUCAUGUGACCAUCUUCCACACACUGUUUUUCAUAUCAACGCUUCAGUUCAUUUGCACAGAAGUCUCCAGAGGGAAUUAAAGAGUUAAUUUCCUGGAACACUUGUAUAUGUAGGAAGAAAAUACAACCUGAUUUUAUUUUUCAUGUUGUUAUUUACAUUGUACUGAAACUGUUUUAAUUUUCUGUUUUCAGUUCAGUAUUUUGAGUUUUUUGGAGCAAUAUUCUUCAGCUAUAUCCUCGCACUCACUGCUCAACUGCAAGUAAAAAGAUGAAAAUGGGUUCAGUUGCGAGCUAUUACUAUGAUGUGACAGCAGAGCUAAGCUCAAACACGGUGUCUUUAUUUCCAGCACACAUCCUGUCUAUUACUCUCCACACAGUUUGCAGCAUCAUAAACGCAUUAGUUUAACAGAUAAAGUGUGACGCUGACAUUAGAUAUGAAAAAUGCAGCUCAUGGGCCGCGUGGUGCACAUGAUCCACACAGCAACAAGAGCCAUUUCAAUAAGGAAGUAGAAAAAAACUAGCAGCAGUAAUAACUGUAGUGCUUAGAAUGGAUUUAAUGUUGUAACUUUGUUUCAAGUUUCCCUUUGUGCCACUGGAGAGAGCAGAGCAAAGCCAGCAGUUAUUUAUGUGACUGAAUCGACCACAAGAACCACACUCAGUUCUAUUUUUAUUGACGUGUCCAAUCAUAUUCAGCCUGCAUAUUGAUCUGUACGAGUCCUCAGCCCCUCAGAAUGUUUCUUUUCUUUAACUGCUUUACUUUCAUCAGUUCCUUUUCUUGUCUUAAGUGCUUUUGUUUUGCUCAGAAUCGGUCCCAUAUCUUUGUUGCAUUCACCUCCUGUUGCAUUUCCUGUAGCUCUGUGCUAACUAUGGGAUCACUGGUCUGGAGCAACAUGCCCUCCCCCCUGCCUUAACGUGGCCUUCAAUCUGGAGCCAGACUGGUUUUAGCAGGAACAAUCCCAGCUCUCUAACUAAACAUGCUGUACCCUCAAUGCACUGUGCUAUCGAAGAGAGUCAUUCCAAAACCGUAAAAAAAAUCCAUUCUGGUUUACUAUUAAAAUUCCAAUUUUCAUCUUCUGAUAACAUCAACACCCUUCAUUAGGAUAUCUGAUUUCUUUAAAACCUGACAGCAUCUGUGCUCAAAGGGAUUCCCCCUGGUGGCUGCUGUCACACCUCAAUCAGACGAGGGUCUGACUUCCACCAAGGGAAUUUUAUAUACAACAAGAAAACCAUCAAAAUGAGAGAAUUAAGAACCCACCACUGCCCUGCAGCAGCAGCAGCAGCAUGCCUGACAGCUUCUGCCUCCCGGGAUCAUCACGCUGCCAGCCACCCGCCUGAGGCUGCUCUCUGCUCAGAAAAGUAAUUGGCUCGGUUUUUGUAUUUGCCGGGCACUAAAAUAUAUUUUCCUGCCUUGGUUGUGAGUGUUCACCUUUUUUACUACCUCUUUCUCGCCUGACCAGAGUGUUCUGCCAACUUCUUCCCUGAGGCCUUUUAGCUGACAAAGAGUUGUACCUGCUGGCUGCAUCCAGUUCACUUUCUCCGUGUUCUCAAACAUUAGAAUAAACCACACAAACAAACACGCAAUACUCGGCUGCCAGGUGAUGCCAUACAGCCUUGGGGUUUUUUUGUUGUUUCCUUUUUGCAGUUUUUGGCAGUGACCCAUAUUUUUUUUACAGCUGGGUCUGCUUUCCAAGAACAUUCAGAUACAACUUCUCCUCUUGGUGCAUUUUAAAGACAGUUGGUAUCAAUAGAAUAUUGCAUUAAAGUUUCCUAGGUACCAGCAGCCAUAUUUAACUGAGCUGUGUAAUAAUAGAAGGCUAAUAGGAGCUUAAGGAGGGGGCUUGGUGCUUGCUAAGUCAGGGAGUUUUAAUACAACCACGUUACUCCUGCAAAAAAAAAAAAGCCCCUCCAGUCCCUGUAAGCUUUCACAGAAUCAGCUAAAGAAAAAAUAAUCCAACAUGGGUUUGAUGUGGCCUCGUUCUGGUCAACAGUAUUACUAUAUCAUCCCAACUAACCAUUACCAGUUCUGUUUGUCGCUACUGUUGAUUCUUUGGAGCAGGUUUGUCUUGAUGUGUCCUUUGUAUGUGUGAGUGCACCAUUGGAGUGGUUGUUCUGUGUAUGUAUGUGUAUAUAUGCGCAUAUUAAGACUUAUAAAAAGAAAAAUCUGAGCACAAGUUUGGGUUUUGAUUUAAUUUAAUGGUUUUAUGUAAUUCUAUGCUGCAAUCCAAAGAAUAAACAUGUAUUAUAAUACAUUUAUAAUUUUCAUGUUUUAUCAUCUGAACAGGAAUCUGGUAACAAAAAAUAAAAAAAGGAAGAUUAA